CAUACAUUUUAAUUAGGUAGCUUCCAGUAUGCAACUUUAGCCCUGUGUCACUGGCGAAUCGUCGAGAAUGCGCAACUCGUCGACCUUACUGCGUUCGGCAUUCGCCCGCCGGGGCACGCACUUACAACAGCAGAGUGCGCUGUGGGAGUUGCAUCGCGCCCGAUACUCGACGAACGACGAUAGUAAUCGCGAGGAGGGGGGCCUGCUCAACAAGAUCUGGCGGGCCGGGCUCGGCCAGAAGCCGAAGGACAGCAGCAGUAGCAGCAGCAGCGCUGCCGGAGGCAGCAGCAGUAGCAGCAGUAGCUCUCGCAGCAGCGGCGCCAGCAGCGGCGAUGCGCUGGUGCCCAGUGGCCCGGAGCGGCGGCACCACAAGGUGUUUGUGGUGGAGCUGUCUCGCAAGCCGCUGUUCCCGGGCAUUUACACGCCAGUCAUCAUUAGUAAGAACGAGGCGCUGGUGAAGGAGAUCAUGGACGUCAAGAAGCAGGGCGCCCACGCCUACGUGGGUGCGUUCCUCAAGCGGCCGGAGCCGCCGCUGGGCAUGACGGCCGCCGCCGCCGUGGCCGCCGCGGGGGAGACGGAGGUGCGGGACGCCGCCUCCCACCUGUACGACAUCGGCACGUUUGCGCAGGUGCACACAGUGCUGGCGGGCGACAGCGCCGACUCGGCGCAGCUGCUGCUGCUGGGGCACCGCCGCAUCCGCAAGACCGGAGUGAUCUCUGCGGACCCCCUGCGUGUGCAUGUGGACCACCUGCGUGAUGAGUCCUACACCAGCGAUGACAUCCUCAAGGCCACCAGCAUGGAGAUCGUGAACACCAUGCGCGACCUGCUGCAGCUCAACCCCCUGUACGGCGAGCAGUUCAGGACGCUGCUGUCGCUCACCGGCAGUAUCGACCUGCAGGACAUGAGCCGCCUGGUGGACGCCGCCGCCUCGCUCACCAGCGCCGACGACACCACACUGCAGACGGUGCUGGAGACACUCAACGUGCCGGAGAGGGCCCGGCUGGUGCUGGGGCUGCUGAAGAAGGAGGUGGAGCUGUGCAAGCUGCAGGCGGACAUCCGGGAGCAGGUUGAGGGCAAGAUCGUCAAGGAGCAGCGGCGCAUGUUGCUGAUGGAGCAGCUCAAGAGCAUCAAGAAGGAGCUGGGGCUGGAGCGGGACGACAAGAGCGCGCUGCUGCAGAGGUUCCAGGCCCGCUGGGACGAGCGCAAGGCGCUGGCACCCCCCGACGUGGCGCGGGCUGUGCAGGAGGAGCUUGACAAGCUGGGCGGCCUGGAGCCGGUCAGCCCCGAGUUCAACAUCACGCGCACCUACCUGGACUGGCUCACCAGCCUGCCCUGGGGCGCCACCACGCAGGAGCUGUUCGACCUGGUGCGGGCCAAGAAGGUCCUGGACGACGACCACUACGGGCUGGAGGACGUCAAGGACCGCAUCCUGGAGUUCAUCGCGGUGUCGCACCUGCGCGGCAGCGCCCAGGGCAAGAUCCUGUGCCUGGUGGGGCCGCCCGGAGUGGGCAAGACCAGCAUCGGCAGGUCCAUCGCGCACGCGCUCAACAGGAAGUACUACCGCUUCAGUGUGGGCGGACUGCACGACGUGGCCGAGAUCAAGGGGCACAGGCGCACCUACGUGGGCGCCAUGCCCGGCAAGCUGGUGCAGUGCCUCAAGAGCACGCAGAGCUCCAACCCGCUGGUGCUCAUUGACGAGGUGGACAAGCUGGGCCGCGGCCACAGCGGCGACCCCGCCUCGGCGCUGCUGGAGCUGCUGGACCCGGAGCAGAACGCCGCCUUCACCGACCACUACCUGGACCUGCCGCUGGACCUCAGCAAGGUGUUGUUUGUGUGUACGGCCAACUCGCUGGACACCAUCCCCGGCCCCCUGCUGGACCGCAUGGAGGUCAUACGGCUGUCCGGAUACGCACAGGAUGAGAAGCGCGCCAUCGCGCGGCGCUACCUGGAGCCGGCCGCCGCCGCCGACGCCGGCGUGCCGCCCGGGUCUGUGAGCCUGGCGGACGACGCGCUGGAGGCGCUGAUCGGCGAGUACUGCCGCGAGGCAGGCGUGAGGAACCUGAAGAAGCACGUGGACAAGGUGUACCGCAAGGUGGCGCUGCAGCUGGUGCGGGCGGGCGCCAAGGUGAUCAGGCUGGACGAGGAGGGGAAAACACCCCAGCAGCAGCAGCAGCAGGGGGAGGCGGCGGUGGAGGCGGGUGCCGGGAGCAGCAGCGGCACCGCCGAGGCUUCCACCAGCACGAGCACCCCUAGCAGUACCAGCAGCACCGCCACCAACACCGACAGCACCACCACCACCAGCACCGCCAACAGCACCAGCAGCAAGCCGGCUCCCAAGGUGCGGGUGGAGUACGACGGGCCGCCCAUCACGGUGCACCGCGCGCAGCUCAAGGACUACGUGGGGCAGGCGCCCUUUGCAAAGGACAAGUUCUACGAGUCCACACCGCCCGGUGUGGUGAUGGGUCUGGCCUGGACGCCUCUGGGCGGCGCCACGCUGUACGUGGAGGCGGCGCGGGUGGCGGGCAGCGAGGCGCGCGGCAGCCUCACCACCACCGGUCAGCUGGGGGACGUGUUCCGGGAGAGCGCCACCAUCGCGCACACCUACGCACGCAACUUCCUGGCGGCCCGCAUCGCCGACGGCACCAUUCCCGCCGGCGCCGCCGCGUCCUCGCCCUCGGACGACACGCCGGCCUCGUCACCCUCGGACGCCACCACGGCCAGCAGCAGUAGCAGUGCCAGCAGUGGCAGUAGCAGUAGCAGUUCCGGGAAGCAGCAGCAGCAGCAGCCGCAGCUGCCCUCCGGGCCCGGCUCCUUCUUCUCCAGCGGCGCGCUGCACGUGCACGUGCCGGCGGGCGCCACGCCCAAGGACGGCCCCAGCGCGGGCUGCACGCUGGUGACGGCGCUGCUCAGCCUGGCGCUGGACCGGCCCGUGCGGCCGGACCUGGCCAUGACGGGCGAGGUGACUCUGACGGGCUGUGUGCUGCCCAUCGGCGGCGUGAAGGAGAAGGUGCUUGCGGCCCGGCGCAGCGGCGUCAAGGUGGUGGUGUUCCCCGAGGGCAACAGGCCCGAGUACGAGGAGCUGGCGGAGGACAUCAAGCAGGGUCUGGAGCCGCACUUCGUGAGCAGCUACGACCAGGUCUUCAAACUGGCGCUGGAGCACGACAGCGGCAGCGGCAACGCGGACAAGGCCAAGCAGGAGGCGCCGCUGUCCACGAGCGCAUGAGGUGGUCGGCGGGGGGCAACACCGAGCGAGCGCGUGCGAGGAUACGGAGGGGGCCACGUAGUCAGUGUCGAGUCGUCUGUCGCUGCCUAGCCUGACACCGAUGGACGUUUUGAAUUGGGCUGAAAUGUGCAUUCAUGUGUAAUUAAUUGUCGCU